GGUCACGUGGUAGGGUCACAUGGUAGGAUCACAUGACCGUGACGUCACGGAGAUUCUUUCCGAGGAUAGGAGCUAGCCGCUACCCACCUGCCACUGCUCCCGACUGGAGAGACAUCCGGGGCUAGAAGAGGUUAUUUGGGUCACAGGUGACUGUUACUCAAAAGAGCAUUUAAAUCACAAAUGUUGCCCAGUUUACAGAUUUUUCAAGGUUUACAGAUUUUAUGGAAUUAAAUACACAUCUCAGCACUGUCACUUUGAAUGGCAACUGUACCAUCCAACUACAAAAAGUGGGUGGCAGCUUCGUUGGGACUUGGACAUGGUGCAGAGAAUUGGGACAAGUGCUUUGUUGACCACUUUGCAGUUUUUGUAAAAUACAAACAUAUAUUAGAAGAUUUGUGCUUCCGCCAAUCAUGGCUUCUCGAAUUGGUCUCCGCAUGCAGUUAAUGAGGGAGCAGGCACAGCAGGAUGAGCAGCGUGAGCGAAUCCAGCAGCAACACCAGCAACAUUUCCUACAGCAGCAUCACAUUGUGCCUGUUACUGCUUCCCCUGCAAUUAGUACACCAGCUUCUUUUCAACCACCUCCACCUGUCCCUGUGGAAGUCCUUCAGGUCCAAACACACCUGGAAAAUCCAACUUCAUAUCAUUUGCAACAGUCUAGGGAUAAAAAAGUACGUGAUUAUCUAUCUGAUACCUAUGGGAACAAAUUUGCUACCCAUCUCAACCCACAUAGGCUAUCCCCAAAGCCGCCACCUGCACCUGCAUCUGCAUCUCCUGCCCAUCGAGCAGCAAGGCUUUCUUCUUCUGCAGGAAACAGUGCACCUAACAGCCCCAUGGCCAGAAUGAAUUUGUGCACCAAUGUAGAGAUGGAGGAUGUCAUCGAUAACAUCAUGAGCCUUGAUGACAUGUUUGGAUACCCUGAGCCUGCAAUCUCCAUGCCAAACACGCUUCCAUUUUCCAGUAGUCAUUUGGGACUUUACAGUGACAUCCCUCGUCUUAGUGAUACUGUUGUUGGUGUCACCAGCAAUUCAUGCCCUGCAGAUCUUGCCAUUAAAAGGGAACUGUCAGAUGCAGAAAACCGUGCUUUGGUACGGGAACGUCAGAAGAAGGAUACCCAUAACAUGAUUGAGCGAAGGAGGAGGUUUAACAUCAAUGAUCGGAUUAAGGAGCUAGGGGCUUUGAUUCCAAAAACAAAUGAACUCAGUGACACACGAUGGAAUAAGGGGACAAUACUAAGGUCCUCAGUGGAAUACAUCAAACACAUGCAGAAAGAGCAGCAGAAAAGUCGAGAUCUGGAGACACACUCCAGGCAGCUGGAAUUGGCAAAUCAGCAGCUUUUGCUGCGGAUUCAGGAGCUGGAGAGCCAGGCUCAAAUGCAUGGCCUUCCUGCAUCCUCACCUCAUGGUCUGAGCCCAGCUGACCUGAUUAAGCAGGAAUCUAACCUUAUUCCAUUGGUUCAGCGACAACUUGUAGCCCCUUCACAAACAUCCUUUCAGAUGGACUACCCUGCUCCACUCGGCUACCAAAACAAUACUUCUGUAGACACAUCUUUUCCUUCACUCUCCAGGACAGAGCUGGACCUCAUGCUAAUGGAGGAUGCCAUGCUCACAUCCGACCCUAUAAUGGCUUGUGACCCAGUUAUGUCCACCCUUUCUCCUGAUACCUCUAAGGCCAGCAGUCGGCGGAGCAGCUUCAGUAUUGAUGAGGUUGAUGGGCUGUGACCCCGUGGAAUGGAGGAACUGGACCCCGUUUUUUUGAAAUAUUGACAUAUAGGGGCUGUGAACACACAAGUGGCUGGGAGCCAGGCAUCACGCUGCAUUCUGUUGGACAUAUAUAAAUGGCUCUUCAUAGAGAUCUCUGUGCACUGAAUAAUAUAAUAUUCAAACCACAUCUAAGUACACUGCAUCUUACCUAGCCACCAUACAGGCAUCAUUAGACCUAUGCAAUAACAGCUACUUAUCUUUAUAUUGACACAAGUAUUUAAUAGCUGUGCUACAUGAUUGACACUUAAAUUUACAACAAAUAGUACCAGUAAAGCACUUAAUAUUGUGAUGAAGUAAUGUCACAUAAAUGUACAAAACUCUGCCACUGCCUCAGGGAUUGAAAUCUUGCAGAAGAUUUGCCAAGAACCUGAAGUGCCUUUUAUCUUCUACUGCAAUAGCAGAACAGAAGGAGCAUGUAUUUGUCUGUCUGUUUGUAAAUCAGUAUGUAUAUAUAGUAGCAAUGAAGCACUGUUAUUGUCUAGGCUAGAUAUAAUUCAACUCUACAAAA